AUGGUUGGCGAGAAGGUUCCAGAUUCCACAUGGCUCCUUGUAUUCGAGGGAUACGCUGCCGAAGGAAGAGAGGACGAAUUGCACAAGCUACUGGAGGAACUUGGCGAUCGCUCCGCUGAACUGGGUGACGAUGUUCGGGAAGUUAUGGUCAAGUUUUACGCUGCCAGAGGACGGUAUGUCAAGAGGUGGCACAAAGGCAAAGUCUUUGGCAGCUCAGAACCGGAUGACAGGGCGUUGAAUGCCGUGGUCAAGUACUGCUUGCAACACCGAGAUAUGAAAUUGGGGCAGGAGGUCGUCAAAGAGGCUCUCGACGGUGCCCCAAGCAAAAGCGCUUGGGACAGUGCGCUCUUAUGGGCUGCAGGCACUGGAAAGAGCAUCGAUGGGAUUGAGCAAAUGAUCAACGUCAUGGCUUCAAGAGCUCGCGGCAAGGAUAAACAUGAUUUACCAGACAUACAGUCAAUCAAUAAGCUGAUCGAAUAUGCGUUAUCGAAGAACGAUGCAUAUGCAGCGGAACGAUACCGGAAUCUUGGGAAGAAACUGGAUUUCAAGGCUGACGGCCAGGCGUAUCUCCUAGCCAUGCGGAUACCACUUAUCGCCAACGAUCUUCUGGAGGCCAUGAAAACGUAUCAAGAACUGAAGAGCACGCAUAUUGAGUUCGAAGAGAACGAUGACGUGCCUGUCAUCAACCGACUCCUUACCGCCUUAUGUUCCUCCGAGAACCAAGACUACGAUACUAUCAUGUCCGUUGUCGACGACCUCACCGAACGUGGCGCAAAAUUCCUCCCCGAGACAGUCAGCGCUCUUUCCCUCCUGCAUCUCGAGCGAGACGAAAUCCAAGAUCUCAUCCAGCUCCUCAAAUCGCAUGCGGCCCGCUUCUCCUCUUCCCAGCGCGCCGCUCUCCUCUCAACCUUCGUUACCUACUGCCUUGAUCCCGAGCGUCCCACGGAUCGCGCCUGGGAUGUCAGUACCAUCGUCCACGACGUGUUCGACGAAGUCGAUCGCCCUACUCGCACCCAACUCAUGGAAGACUUUUUCCGCCGCGGCCGUGCCGACAAGGCGUGUAUAAUUUUUAACCACAUGCGAGACUCGCUCGUCGAUGAGGUUCGCGCGACCGCGGAGACAUAUGUCGUUGCAUUCGUCGGCAUUGCGAUGUGUACCGACACUGAAUCUCUCCGCAACGUACACAAUCAGCUGAAGGUUGACAUCACUGUCAAUCCGGACACGAAGAUGUACAAUGCGCUGAUACUCGCAUAUACGAGCUGUGGGUCCGCCGGGAAGGCCAUACAGCUCUGGGAUAGCAUCUAUCACUCGUCGGAAGGUCCGUCCUUCAACAGUUUCAACAUCAUGUUCUGGACUUGCGAAAAUCUGCUCGGCGGUGCAGAGAUGGCCACGCCUAUCUGGGAGACCCUCAAUGCGCUCCCCACGGUAGAGAUCCCGAAGGAUGUGUUCAUCGCCUACCUUGGCGCACUUGCUGGGAGUUCGGAGUUGAAGGAGGCUACACGCCUGGUGGAGACAGAGUUGGGAUAUCCACCAGAUGCGACAAUGUUGGGAACCAUCUUCAAUGCUCUUCCAGAGAUACAUCGUCAGAGCGAGAUGGAAGCAUGGGCAAGGGAAAAGUAUCCUGAAAUUUGGACGGAGCUUGAACAGCUUGGCAGGAAGCGGACAGCAAGGGGAACUCGAAGAUUUCAGAUUGAUCGAACGCUUGAGCCAUAA